ACGUGCUUUUAGAUAAACGCCACGUCUAUGAUGAUACCGACUGAAACUCGUUUACCGGUUAGUUAAGAGUGUUAAACGACAAUCAACAGUGAGCUGAAAGAAAUUCUUACGUGAAAAAUAUGAUUAGUCGUAGUUCAAUUAUAUUGCUAUGGAAUAUUGUGUUACUUUUCGGAUUAAAUAUCCAAUCUUUCGCUACUGCCAGCACCAUUGAUCCCGAUUUGAAUUUUAAGAACGUGGAAAAACAUAUUGAUCUGCAAUCUCAAUUAACAAAAAUUACAACUAGACUUAUAUUAGAAAAUGGAAGUAAAGAUCGACACAUGCGAAAUUUCCUUUUUUCACUGGAACCUGAACAAAAAAGUAGUCUUAGUUACAUAGCAGCUUAUAGAGAACCUGUGCGAGUUGAAUUAAAGCUAACCAAAGUGAAGGUAAAUGCUUAUCCAGAUGAAACUUUCUAUCAAAUUGAAUUAAAAGACCCAUUGUCUCCUGGAAGAACUAUGUCUGUUGAAAUUGAAUGGAUAUUAGCUCAUGAACUUAUACCUCAUCCUAAAGAGAUCACACAAAAAGAAAAACAAUUAGUAAAAUAUAUAGGAAAUAUUUAUCUUUAUGCACCAUAUAGCAUAAUGAAACAAACAACCACUGUAUCUUUACCAUCACGUAAUAUUGAAAGCUACACUAAAUUUAAACCUGUUUCGCAGAGUGAUUCAUUUAUCACAUAUGGUCCAUAUGAGAAACUUUCUCCAUUUUCUUAUGAAGAAUUAAACAUACACUUUGAAAAUAACAAUAAAUUCCUCACAGUUACCAGACUUGAAAGGAAUAUUGAAAUAUCACACUGGGGUAAUAUAGCAGUAGAAGAACAUAUUGACUUAUUACAUACUGGAGCAUUACUAAAAGGCUCAUUUUCACGAUAUGAAUUUGCCAGAGAACCAAAAUCAUGGGAAGCUAGUAUUCAAAGUUUCGAUACCAUUUUACCUGCAGCUGCCUCUGAUAUUUAUUAUAGAGAUGAAAUUGGUAACAUUUCAACAUCACAUACUCGUAUUAAAAAGGAUUCAGUAGAACUAAAUCUUCGCCCAAGAUUUCCACUGUUUGGUGGUUGGAAAACUAAAUAUAUAGUUGGAUAUAAUGUACCUAGCUAUGAGUAUUUAUUCCAUUCUGGAGAUCUAUAUACUUUAGAAAUGAGAUUGUUGGAUCAUGUUUUUGAUGAUAUGGUUGUAGAUGAAUUAAUUGUAAAGAUUAUCUUACCAGAAGGUUCCAAGAAUAUUGAAUUAAGCCUUCCAUAUUCUGCAACACGUUUGCCAGAUUCUCUUUAUUACACAUACUUAGACACUACUGGUCGUCCAGUAAUUUCUGUUACUAAGAAGAAUUUAGUUGAGAAUCAUAUUCAGAAUUUUAAACUAAAAUAUACAUUUCCACGUAUAUUGAUGUUACAAGAACCAUUGCUUGUAGCUGCAGCUUUAUAUUUACUAUUUUUAUUAGUAAUUACUUAUGUAAGACUUGAUUUUUCAAUUGACAAAGAUGAAGUUUCAGAAAGUAAAUUAAGAAUUGCUGGGCAGUGUGAAAAGAUCUUAGCUGCACAAGAUCGUAGAGUAACUUCUUACAAUGAACUAGAUGAUCAGUUAGCAUAUCUUAAAGCCAACAAAGAUGCUAAUGCAUUUCUAUCUGUAGUAAAAGGUAUUAAUCAAGAAUAUAAGAGUGCAACCAGUUCUAUUACUGAAAUUGCACAACGCUUGAAAGGAGAAUCAGGAGAUGUAUAUGAUCGUAUUCAAGAAUUACAGAAAUAUGAUAGAACUUUAAAAGAACUUUAUAAUCAACAACAAGCAUUGUAUGUAGACAAAUUAGUACCAGGCAAGAUAGGACGUCAACAAUUUGUAGAAGCAGAAGCAGCUGUUACAAAGAAAAAAGAAGAAUGUGUUGAGAAAAUAAACUCUAUCAUAAAAUCACUACAGUAAUAACAUAUUCCUGAAUACUUUCAGUUAAAAAAAUAUUUGAGAACAAGAGACUCAAUAAAAAUAAUUUAAAUAAUAGGUUAUAAUAAUAAGUUGAAAGAACGUUUCCUUUACAAUGAAUUAAAAUUUGUAAUAAAAAAAAUUGUAAUAAACAAUUUGUAAUAAAUAUAUAUUAUAAAUUAUA